AGAACGAAAAGGAGGAAAAUAGCAAGAGUGGAGGAACAUUUGCAUCUCAUUGAAAAGGAAUGUAUGCUUGAUUUGUUGUCACAUGAUUCUCAACAGGAAUACCCACAGGAUUUGUUAGAACAUUCUGAGAGGAAAGAAUCAGCGGAUACUUUCUACAAUGCUAGCGAUCAGAACUGUUUUGAAAAUUUAUCAUGUGAUUUAGAAGAUGAAUAUUCCAUUUCUAGGCGAGUGAUUUUGUCCAGUGAGGAUGAGGAUGAUGAUUGGUCCAGCAGUAGGCCUACACCUCCAUCCACCCUUGGAUCUUCACCUCUGCUGCCUCCAUCCACGCUCAGGGUUAUGCAGACACCUCCGCCGCCUCCAUCCACGCUCAGGGUUAUGCAGACACCUCCGCUGCCUCCAUCCACGCUCAGGGUUAUGCAGACACCUCCGCCAGCUCCAUCCACCCUCGGGUCUUCACCUCUGCCGCCUCCAUCCACCUUCGGGUCUUCACCUCCACCGCCUCAGGAUAACUAUAGAUGGCCCACUGUUUCGGCCUGUCAUGAUGUCACCAUUUCACCACAUACCCCUCAAACGCAAAUUAGGGACAGCAUGUUUGCUCACCUCAUAACGCUGAUUGAGGAGGUGAAAGAGACUCAGAAAAUCCAAGGGAGGAUCCUACAAACACUACUACAACAGCAUGGCAAUGUUGGGACUACAGUUUCUUCUGUUCCAGAAGGGUUCCCCCUAAAGGCAGUUUGUGAUGUUGACGAGGCCACAAGAAGAAUGAUGACCUUCCUCCUAGACCAUGGCCUAGCAGGCAGUAUAACUUCGUGGGUCGAAAUGGGAAGAGGGAGUUCAAGGCCUUGAAACUGUUUGAAGUUAUAUAUGGAGGCUUGAAGAGAAACUCCUUGACAAGCCACAUCACCCGUAAAGAUGUUGAGAAGGCCGUGUCUAAGUGGCUCAUAGAUGCUCGGGAUCGGGGGGGGGUAAUAGACAGGCCCGACAGGCAACCCCUCAAUGAAGACUUCAGGCUUCAGCCUCACUUGAGGUGGACAGUAACCAAUUCUGUCUGUGACACCUUGUAGAGACAUUACAGGACAUUCAUGUCUAGUUUGCACAGGAGCUGUACGUGCACUUUACCUCAUAUGGACCGCAGUUUGCACAGAGGGAAUAAAGAGCAAGAUUGGAAGAUUCAAGUAGGAUAAACAGAACGUGUACAGUGGCUUGCAAAAGUAUUCACACCCUUUGGUAUUUCACACAUUUUAAUUUGUUUAUGGCAUUUCAAAUGCAAAAUGUAAAUUAGGCUUGUCAAUAU